AGAAGGAUCGUCAGCUGGCUGCUGAAUUAGGAAAGAGGGAGGAGAGAGGUGGGGGGGGGACCAGACACCAAAUAGUUGCUACAUUUUUGGGAUUUCAGCUGGGGCGCUCACUGUAUUCCAGCUCCCGCACGGUACAAGAGCUGGUUCUUUCGACUAGAUCAGGCCUCUCGGCACCAAGGCAACUCUUUGCUCCAAUGGCACCCAAGAAGAAAGUCUCUAAGAAGACCAAGCUGGUGAAGAAAGAAGACCCUGCGAACGCUACCAUAGUAGAAGACUCCUCUCUUGACAUCGACCAUGACCACCACCAUCAGCUGGAUGAACUGCUCGAAAAUGGUUCCGACGGGUUUCGCUGCACUGCCACAGAAGUUUUCGACCCACGGCAUGGGAUCAAUGUUCUAGAGGAGAUGCGCUCUAUGCACCAGGAUAGUUUUCUUUGUGACCUUACUGUGAACACUAAAACAAAAUCUUUCAGCGUCCACAAGCUGGUGAUGUCCUCGAGCAGCGAAUAUUUCAGAAGCCUACUGAAAAGAAAUCCUAGCAUUCAACAAGUGGACCUGAAAGACAUCUCCCCUUUAGGCUUGACUGCUGCCAUUUCCUAUAUGUACACGGGGAGGCUGACUCUUUCUCUGUACACCAUUGGGAGCAUGAUUUCUACGGCCAGCUCCCUGCAGAUGGGUCCACUGCUCAACAUAUGCACUGACUUCCUCAUCCAGGAAAUGAAUGUAGAAAACUGGAUGUACAUUGCCAACAUGGCAGAGACGUACAGCCUCAACAAGACGAAGGAUGCUGCAAGAGAGUUCAUCCGAGAACAUUUCCUAGAGUUUUCCGAGACUGAACAGUUCAUGAAGCUCACCUUCGAUCAGCUCAAUGACUUGCUUAUGGAUGAUGACCUUCAGUUUCCCAACGAGGUGACCGUUUUCCAGAUCGCCAUGAAAUGGAUCGAAUUUGACCCCAAACGGAUCCAACAUGCCCCAGACCUUCUGAACAACGUCCGGUUUGGUACCAUCCCAGCUCACGACCUGAUCAAUUACAUCCAGCCGGUGCCGUGUAUGAUGCAAAACCCGGAAUGCCAUCGGCUUCUGGUUGACGCUAUGAACUACCACUUGCUCCCUUAUCAGCAAAAUGAACUCCAGUCCAGAAGGACCAAGAUUCGAGGGAGCCAUAAAGUCUUGCUCAUGGUUGGUGGGCGCCCUUGCACAGCUGACAAGGCGGUUAGUAAAGACGUAAGCUACAGAGAUCAAGAAGGGAACUGGAACAAGAUCACAGAGAUGCCCUCCAAGUGUUUGAACCAAUGUGUCGCAGUGAUGGAUGGAUUCCUGUACGUGGCAGGAGGAGAAGAUCAAAGUGAUGCCCGGAACCAGGCAAAGCAUGCCAUUAACAAUCUGUGCAGGUACGAUCCCCGUUUCAGUACUUGGCUCCCCCUGGCCAGCAUGUCUCACAGAAGAACACACUUCAGCCUCACUGCAUUCAAUGGCCACCUCUAUGCCAUUGGGGGCCGCAACGCCAAGGGGACCCUGGUGUCCAUCGAGUGCUAUAUCCCUUCUUCCAACAACUGGCAAGCCAAAGCCAACAUGGAACUCCCCCGCUGCUGCCACGCCAGCACCGUGAUCGACGGCAAGAUUCUGGUGACCGGCGGCUACGUCAAUAAUGCCUAUUCCCGCACCGUUUGCAACUACGACCCCGCUACCGAUUCUUGGACAGACUGUGGUUGGCUGAGCGGUCCUCGAGGCUGGCAUUGCGCGGCCACGUUAGUGGAUCGCGCCUAUGUCCUGGGGGGCAGCCAGUUGGGCCCCCGAGGAGAGAGGGUGGAUGUCGUCCCUGUAGAGUGCUAUAACCCGUCAACAAACCAAUGGAGUUACAUGGCCCCACUGCCCGUUGGGUUGAGUAUGGCCGGGGUGGCUACCCUCGGGGGCCAAAUCCUGCUGGUGGGGGGCUGGAACGAAAGUGCCAAAAAGUAUCAGAAGAACAUCCUGGCCUACAACCCUGACCUGAACGAAUGGAUCGAAGAUGGGGAGCUUUCUGAAGGCACGGUGGGGGUUUCGUGCUGCACCAUCGCCCUUCCACACUCAAGCACCAGAGGGUCCAGGGCAAGUUCUGUGGGGUCACUAGCCGUCAGCAUGUAAAGGUGGAAAGUUGGCUGGGCAGGACAGAAGGGAGCACUCAUCCUGGUUGAAGGCAGACAUGUUUGAAUGGAUCACAAGCUUGGUAAGGUGCUGUUUACCAUGGUUUCUUUCUACAUCUUCUGGAGGUGCAGCCUUCUAGCUAUAUACUGUUAGCUCUGGCCUACUACAGGGUUACCUUAUAGCCACAACUGAUCCUUCUGCUUUGUGGAAACAACU